UUUAAAUGGUUCAACGGGCCCAAUAACGAUCGGUACAACAACCUAUCUCUUAAGACGUUUCUUUGUUAUCUAACAUCUCUGAGCGAAAAUGAAUUUGAAAGUAUUUUCGAAAAAAUUGAAAAAGAACCCCAGAAAGCAAUUUUUAUUUUUGAUGGUUUGGACGAAAGUGAUGACGACCUGAAAACCCGCUGGGAUGAAUUAGAUGGAAUUCCAAACAAUCCUAAUCAUCCUACGUCCGCAAUGACUUUAUUCAUGAAACUAGCUAAAGGUUCACUUUUACAAGGAGCAACGGUUCUAGCAACAAGCAGACCAAAUGUAGAUCAUACUCACUUAUCGUACUGUUUUGAUCGACGUGUUACGAUUAUUGGCUUCAAUUCAGAUAAAAUUAGAGAAUAUGUCUACAAAUUUUGUUCCACUAUUGGCAAAAGUGACCUUGCAGAAAAAAUAUGGAAAGACAUCACAGUGUGCGAUUUGUUAAAUUUUUGCCGUUACAGUCCUAUAAAUUGUUAUUUUGCUGUUCGUGUCAUCCUGCCUCGUCAUGAGGGUGAUCGUCGAAAUGACACUGCUGUUUGUCCAAAUACACUGACUAAAUUUUACGAUAUGGUGGUAGAUCACUUUGUGACAGAUCGCUGCAGAAAUAUGGACAAAACCUCCAUAGAAACAACGAUCAGAAAUCUUCAGAAUCUGGCAUACGAAGGCUUGACUAAGGGACAAUUGUUUUUCAACAAAAAAUGUUUAAAUGAACAAAUGAAAAAAUCUGGUUUAGUGAACAAUUUAUCUGAUCCAAUCUUCCCAACUCAAACACAGUAUUGUUUCAUGCACUUAACCAUACAAGAAUUUCUUGCUGCAAGGCACUUGAUUGAAACAUCACCUGACAAAAUAGAGGAGUUCAUUUCGACUCAUAUUAAAGAUAGUACGGAUGGUACGUGGCAUUUAGUACUUCUCUUUAUUGCUGGACUUUUGGGCGAGAAGGUGUCUGACGGUAACAAUUACAAUGGUUGUUUUUCGGCAUUUACAAACGGGCUAACUGUACGUGAUGCUGAACUUGAGCUUUCGAGUUACGGUAGCGUGGUUGCAAUGAAAUGUUUAAAGGAAGUGGAUGACGAAAACAUUGUUAAGGAUGUUUGCGAAAAAACUUUGUUACAAAAUGUUAGGAAGAUUAAUUAUGAUCCAUCGAAGCCGAAGGGAGGAUAUCUUAGCACAAGUGACUGGGCAGCAGUGACUUUCGUUUGCAAACAUUUGGACAAUUUAAAACAUUUAAAACUACGAAAUUUCUCAUUUUCAAAAUUCCUGGAGACGUUUCCGGCAGGAUAUUUUCUUUCGCAAGUUAGUGAACUACUGCAACAAAAAUGCAUAGAAAGUCUACACUUGCUUGACUAUUCUCCUGGUAGUGAACUUGCAGAAAGACAACUAAUCAGCGCAUUGAUGGAGUGUACAUUGAACCACGAACACAAUCUUAGUCACCUUGCGCUUGGUACUAUGGCCAUGACCGAUGAAUGCGUAUCAAACAUAUGUGCAUUGAUUGAAAAGGGACAUGCAAGUCAUCUUAAGAAGCUCGCUCUGUGGGGUGUAAAUGCAAAAACUUCAUCUGAAAUAUUUUCUCAACUCUGUAACGUUCUUAAUGACGGAUAUUGCAGAGAACUUACAGAUCUGAUAUUAGAUGGUCAUCCAGUUGGUCUUGACGGUGUGCAAACAUUGUGUAGUGCUCUAAUGAAUGGACGUCUUAAGAAGCUUAAUAUGUUGUCUCUUCAAUCUUCUUCAUUAACUUAUCCUUGUGUAGAGUGUCUGUGCAAGACCGUGCUGGAUGGGAACUGUAAGCUUACUACACUUAUACUAAGUGGAAAUAUGUUUACUGAAGAAGAAAAAAUCAAGCUUCGUGAUGUAGAAAUACAACUGAAAGUUGUAAAGCCAGGCGCUGAAAUUAUUUUGGUUGAGUAACUUCCUAAUGCAGAGAUACAUAUUCAAAAUUUAUAAGCACAUUUUCUCUGAACCGAACUUGUUCAACAAUCAUUGUUAUCUGUUUGAAUAAUUAGUACCUAUACCUUCGCCCCGGUUCGAUGCAGUUUUGAUGGAAAAUCGAGGAUUUAUUUAGAUCCGUAUUUUUGGACAAUUAUUACUUGUUGAAACAAAAACGAUAUUACUGAUAUAAAACAACAUUUAAUUAAACAGUUUGAUUUUUUUCUCAAAAGUUAAGUAACCGCUGUUGUUAUGGCAACAAUUACGUUUCGAUAUGGCGGAUAUUUUGGUUUUGAAGUAAUCUAACUCGAAAAAGAGCUAAGUGACUCACAUUUUUUAUUCGAUUAAAUGCUUUCUCUUAGUAUGAUAUUGAGUUAUUCUGAUUUUAAAAAAAUUCUGUCCACAGACAAUUUUCCAAAUUAGGUAAAUGUGAUUAUUCAUAACAUUUACAAACCAAAUCAUAUAUAAUCAAGAUACCAAAAAUGCGGAUCUAAAUAGUAAAUUAUUCAUUUUUGUAUCGGCGCAGGAGAUAUUAGGCUAUCGUCUUGUUAGUUGUUAUCUGUAACCCUUAGCCAAUCAGUGACUUAGAAAGCUACGUCAUUGUUUAAGAAAUACGUAAUUUAUUGGAAAUUGAACAUGGCUGCCUCGAUAGAGUGAAUAUGUUUUGAUAUAUGAAAUUUAUGUGAAAUAUAUCGAUCGAAUAUUGUUAUGAUGCAUGCAAAGUAAAACGUGGAAAUACAAAGGUUGUCUUUUUCACUGUAAAUGUUUGGCCAUUACCACAUUACCACAAAGUUAUAUGUUAAAUAUUUCUGAAGGAUAAAGGGUCGCAGACGGUGAUGAUAUGCAGGUUAAAUAAAUUAUACUUCUUGAGUUUUCGGUGAGAGUUUAGGACAUAACCAACCGCAUUUUACACACGAACUAAAUAGCUACAGGAAUUAAAUACGCCAAUUAUGGCCAUCGCAAUGAAUCUAUGAUAUUUUAGGCUAUACUAGGUAAUUCACAAUACAGGUGUAUAAAAAAAUUGAACAGAUUUGAAAUUGCUCUCAAUUUCGCAAAACAGCUCGUGGUACCCAUGAUGUAGAAUAAUGAAAAAAAUACUCGAACUCAAAUUGUGUAAACUAGGGGGUGUUUCUUUUCCAACAAACUAAAAAUGGCUUGCGCACGAAAUUUAAAGGCUUUAAUUGUAUUUUGAGUUAAUGGAUGAAAAAUGUGUUGGGUUUUUAAUUACAGCACAAAAUUUCAGAACAUUUGCUUUAGCUUAAGUCCUUUAACUAUUCAUUUUUUCCUAAAAAAAUCAGCCUUUCGCAUGCUUAAUUAAUGCCUUUUAAUACCUAAUUUGCAUAUUGCUGACAUAUGCAAAUUAGGCAAAUGCAUUAAUUAAGCAUGAAAAAGGCUGAUUUUUUAGGAAAAAUGUAAGUUUGCGUGAAUAGUUCCUUUAACUAUAUGAAAUUUCAGACAAUUUGCUUCAGUUUAAGCCCUUUAACUAUAUGAAUAGUAAACUGAAGCAAAUUGUCUGAAAUUUCGUGCAGCAAUUAAACAGCCUACACAUUUUUCAUCCAUUAACUCAAAAUACGAUUAAUUAAAGCUUUUAAAUCUCGUGCGCAAGCCAUUUUUAGUUUGUUGAAAAAGACACACACCCCUGGUUUACAAAAUUUGAGUUCGAGAAAUUUUUUUCAUUAUUCGACAUUAUAAGUACCCAAAGAAGCUAUAUAUGUAGAAAACUGGAUACUAAUAGCUGUUUUGCGAAAUUGAGAGCAAUUUCAAAUCUGUUCAGUUUUUUUAUACACCCUGUGGCUGUGUAUUUCAACUUUGGACUUGAAAAGCGCAUAUUGGCAAAUUUGUUUAUUAUUUAUUUUAGCUUUGCCAACUAGGGCAGGGUCGCCCUUUUUACCUAACCCACGCUGUCAACUCUCCCUGUGGGAGGAAACCGGAGUACCCAGGGGAAACCCACGACUUUCGGCAGAGCGUUGACUUUUACUCUUUUCGCAUGAGGACUGGGUUCGAGUCGCAUUGAGGAAGUUCUCACUGAGGCUUGAACCUGCGGCCUCAGAGGUGAAGGGCAAGUGCGCUAACCACUUGGCGACAAGAAAUGAUGCCUAAGUACAUUUCUUAGGGCAUGUUUCUCUCGAUCAAUCUUGUAAGAACCAUCGCCAGAAGCCAUCGCAUCCAUCUUCAAUACCUACUUCACUUCAAUCUUCACCAGAGAUCAACCUAGCACGGAAAAAGAUUCACGUACGAUCGACGAAGAUUGUGACCAUUCUACAAACAUCACCUUGUUAGAAGACAUCACGUUAACACCAGAUCAUGUUGCUGCAGUCUUAAGAACUCUUGACAAAGAUAAAGCACACGGACCGGAUGGUAUUCCCACUCGUCUACUUACAGAAACAGCGUCAGUAAUAGCACCAUCGCUUUGUGAUCUGUUCAACAAGUCACUGCGCACUGGAGUAGUACCGCGAGAAUGGAAACUGGCCAAUGUCGUUCCUGUUUUUAAGAAGGUAGAUAAGGAAUAUGUUGAAAAUUACAGACCAAUAUCUCUGCUGUCUUUAAUAUCUAAAGUAUUGGAACGCUGUUUGUUCGAAUGCAUCAAACAUCGCGUGUUUAGCCAGAUUAAUCCUUGUCAACAUGGCUUCAUCCCAGGAAGAAAUUGUGUCACUCAGUUAAUCGAAGUGUUCGACACGAUUGGUAACUUGUUGGAUCGUAGUAAACAAAUCGAUGUGUUAUACCUGGACAUGUCGAAAGCCUUCGAUACGGUGAGCCACAAACGUCUUCUCCUUCGUCUUCGUGAUUUCGGAUUUAGUGGUAACAACCUCAAAUGGUUCCAAUCAUACUUACAAGAUCGUAGACAACAAACGACAAUCCUUAGAGCAACAUCAUCUCCUACACCAGUAACUUCAGGAGUACCUCAAGGCUCAAUUCUUGGUCCACUACUGUUCUUGUUAUAUGAAAACGAUCUACCUUCCAGUGUCGUGAAUUCUUCUAUCGCAAUUUAUGCUGAUGACACCAA